GCCGCCUCGUCCUCGGGCAGCGCCGCUAAGAUGGCGGCGGCGGCGGGGACAGCGCCCCGCGCCGGGCCCGGGGACCUGGCGGCCGCGGCGGGGGCGGACUAGAGCCUCCCGGGCGCUCCGGCCGGGCCCGGGACCCGGCGCCCAUGCACCCCGUGUCGCCGGCCGCCGCGCAGUACCGCCGCGGGGGCCCGGAGGACGCGCGCCGCCCCGAGGCCCGCCGGGCGCGGGCGCCCCGAGGCCCGGACCCCAACGGCCUGGCGCCCCCCGGAGCCGGCGGCCCCGCGCUGGGCCCGUCCGGAGCCGCCCCCGGGGAGCCGGGCGAGGUGGACAAGUUCAAGGCGAAGUUCCUGACCGCCUGGAACAACGUCAAGUACGGCUGGACAGUCAAAAGCCGGACCAGCUUCAGCAAGAUCUCCAGCGUCCACCUCUGUGGCCGCCGCUACUGCUUCGAGAGUGAGGGUGACAUCCAGCGUUUCCAGCGGGACUUCGCGUCCCGCCUGUGGCUCACCUACCGCCGGGACUUCCCGCCCUUGGCCGGGGGCUGCCUGACCUCAGACUGUGGCUGGGGCUGCAUGUUGCGAAGUGGGCAGAUGAUGCUGGCACAGGGCCUCCUGCUGCAUUUCCUGCCCAGAGACUGGACAUGGGCGGAGGGUGCAGGCCUGAGCCCCCCUGAGCCAGCAGGGUUGGCCUCUCCCAACCGGCACCAUGGGCUUGCCCACUGGAAGCCCCCACGCUGGGCCCAGGGCGCCCCUGAGCUGGAGCAGGAACGCUGGCAUCGGCAGAUUGUGUCCUGGUUCGCCGACCACCCCCAGGCCCCCUUCGGCCUACACCAGCUGGUGGAGCUCGGACAGAGCUGGGGCAAGAAGGCAGGUGACUGGUAUGGGCCAUCUCUUGUGGCACAUAUACUCAGGAAAGCUGUGGAGAGCUGCUCAGAGGUCACCCGCCUGGUGGUGUACGUGUCUCAGGAUUGCACAGUGUACAAAGCAGAUGUGGCCCGCCUGGUGGCUCGGCCGGACUGCACAGCGGAGUGGAAGUCUGUGGUCAUCCUGGUGCCUGUGCGGCUGGGCGGGGAGACUCUCAAUCCCGUGUAUGUGCCCUGCGUGAAGGAGCUCCUGCGUUCAGAGCUGUGCCUGGGCAUUAUGGGGGGCAAGCCGCGGCACUCGCUGUAUUUCAUCGGCUACCAGGAUGACUCCCUGCUCUACCUGGACCCCCACUACUGCCAGCCCACUGUGGAUGUCAGCCAGGCUGACUUCCCCCUGGAGUCCUUCCAUUGCACCUCACCCCGCAAGAUGGCCUUCACCAAGAUGGACCCCAGCUGUACUGUGGGGUUCUAUGCUGGAAACAGGAAGGAGUUUGAGACACUGUGCUCAGAGCUGACCAGGGUCCUCAGCUCCUCCGCGGCCACACAGCGGUACCCCAUGUUCACCCUGGCCGAGGGCCAUGCUCAGGACCACAGCCUAGACAACCUCGGCUCCCAGCCAACUCUGCAGCUCCCUCGCACUGGGCGGCUCCUCAAGGCGAAGCGCCCCAGCUCUGAGGACUUUGUCUUUUUAUAAAGGGAUGGGAUGGGGGAGAAGAUAGGACAAACACUAUUUAUUUUUUUAUUUAUGUCACACUGGAUGUGGGAGCUUGACCUCUGGUGGUGAUGGUACUUCCCACUUCUCACCCCCUUUAGCGCAGCUGAGACCAGCCCAGGAAACCUCCAGGCUGGAGCCAUUAAGCCAGGGACGGAGCCCAAAGGCCUGCCUCCUGCCUCUUGGGCCCUCACAGGGCGAGGAGGGAGGGAUGGCAGAUGGACUCCCAGGCACCCACUCAGGGCCUGACUCAAGUACUGUAGUUUGCACUGGACUGCUCGUGCCCUCACUGGCCUCCAAGCUCCUGUCCUGCUAAGGGCUGGUGGCAGUGUGGGAACUGGCUGCCUGGGGCCAAUAAAGCCGUCAGAUUUGACCUCAGCUAUGGCCAGACGGAGCAUUUGAGAGAUGGGACCAGGGUGUGUAUCAAGAUGAGACAUGUCCACGUCUCCUGGGGAGCUGGAGUAGACUCAGCUUCCACAUCUGUAAGACGGGACUUCUCCCUUGCCCACAGGGAGACACGUGGGUCUGUACAGUCAACAAGAAGGGAUGCACUCAGGGGCCUAUUGAAGGGAGAGAAUCUGAGGGCCCUUGUCUUCUCCAUCGAGCUCAGGGGCAGCUCUUGAGCCCCUGCUGCUUCCUCCUUUUCCGGGCCAGCAGGCGGAAGUGCAGCCUUUUUGGAUUGAGGCCGAAGGCCUGCAGUCUCUGGCGGCUGAACUCCUGUCCUCCAAGCGUCACUGUGGGGCCCAGGAGUCGAGCCUUCUUGCCCCUCCUCCGCCUCUGGGGGGCUGGCUUCUCUGUGGGUGACAUGGGGGCGGCCUCUUUCUGUGCUAGGGGGCUCUCAGGCUGGGGCCGCUUCCUGCAGGCCCCAUCAGAUGCCAGCAGCUGCCCCUGUGGGCCGGCUUUGUCUCCCUGUGGCUUCCCUGUGGCUUCUGUGGGUGUCUCUUUCCUGGGGAAAGAAAGUCAGGGCUCAGCCCAGGCCAGCACAAUUAGACCCCUUCCCAGUUGUACAUCCCCCGUUUUACAGUUGAGGAGAGAGGCUCAGAUAAAUGGCAACGCAGCAAUUCAGGUGCCUGCCUGGAAUUCACACUGGGGUCUGACACCAAAACUGGGUUUUUCUACUGAAUCCUGAAGCUGGACUGUGUUGCUGAUAAUUCUUGUAUUUGAGCCUGGGCUUACACUAAGCUAUUCACAUAAAUUAACUCAUUUCAUCUUUAAA